GUUUGACUUUUCUCUCUCUCUCUCUCUCUAGUCUUCUGAUGAAGCAUCUCUACGAGGCCUGGAGGCCCUGAUGACCGAGUUCUUUGCGGUGGCCACCACGAACAGCAGGAAACGAGAAAUUGAGGAAUUGCUAAACCUUUUCAGCCAGACACAGGACUCCUGGAAACAUUGUCUGUUUUACAUGGCAAAUACACAGAAUGAAUAUGUCAUCAUGUUCUGUUUGACUGUACUGGAGAAUGUCAUAAACAAGCAAUGGGUUGGCUAUUGUGGUGCUGACAAGAUGGACAUCAGGCUGACCCUCAACCAGUACCUGUACGCCCACCACAACAAGGUGCCGUCCUUCAUCCGCAACAAGUUGGUCAAGCUGGUUGUGGACAUUGGCCGUACGGACUGGCCUCAUUUCUACCCAGAUUUCUUUACCAAUAUCCUUCAGUUGGUACAGGACAGCGAAACGGUGACCCUGGGUGUGUUACUCCUCAAGAUGACCUCCGAGGAGCUGAUGGCACCAAGGGAAGACCUGAGUAUGGCACGCAAGGAGGAGCUUCACCGACUUCUGUUGGCACAGAUCCCUACAGUAUUAAACCUAUUAAAUAAUAUUCUUGAGUCCGUUUUAGAGAAACAUUGGCACCUGGUGGCAGCCACCCCUCCACCGUCACCGACCCAGGGAGACUCAGGGACGCGGCAACGAGGUUCAUCCCUGAUGUUGUUCUCUUCCUCUCCUUUGCAAUCAGACAGUCUGCUGAGUAACAUGUUCAAAUCCCCGUCGAGUGGCAACCGCAGCCUACAACUGGAGGCCCUCCCCCCUCUGGACAUGUCUUCGUCACUGCUCUGCGAACUCUCCCUCGAGUGCCUGGCCCACUACUUCACGUGGGUGCCGCUCUCCAACACCAUCACGCCCAACCUCCUCAGUACCAUCUUCCACUUCGCAGCGUUUGGCUGCGAGGUCCGCUCUAGCUAUCACCACCACCACCUCCAUCACCGGAGUGGUGGUGGCAGCGGUGGUGGCGUCCUCAUAACCGGCGGGGGUGGUGUGAACACCACCGGCGCGACGGCGGGUGGCAGUGGAGUCCCCGGCUCCACUGCCACCAGAGGGGAGCGAGUGGGCGGCGGCAACAACAACAACAGCAGCAGCAGAGGUAGAAGUGGUGGUGGCGUUGGUGGUGGCUCUGCCACGUCCACCUCGGCUAAUGCGGCAUCUGUUACUGGCGGUGCCAUUGCUAACACCCCUGUUUCCGCCUCUACCGCUGCCGCUGGUGCUGCUGCGGCUUGCCCCAGCAAUGGUGGUGGAGGAGCUGGUGGCGUGGCUGUUGUGGCGCCGGCCAACACUCAGUCCCUGGGUGUGUUGGCGAUGAACUGCAUCAACGAGCUACUGUCGAAGAACUGCGUUCCUCAGGAAUUUGAGGAUUUCCUGCUACAGAUGUUCCAGCAGACAUUCUUCUUGCUGCAGCGCCUUACCAAAGAAAGUACCCUCAAUACCAGCGGCAACAAACUAGCUGACCUCGAUGAAUGCUAUGUAGAGAAAUUCACCGAUUUCCUGCGACUCUUUGUCAGUAUUCAUCUGAGGCGCUUCGAAUCAAAUGCCAAAUUCCCUGUGCUGGAGUUUCUUGCCCUUCUUUUUAAGUACACUUUCAGGCAGCCGACCAAUGAGGGCUUCUACAGUUGCCUGGAUAUCUGGACAGUGUUCCUGGAUUAUCUCCACUCCAAAAGUGAGAUGAGGACUUCAGACCAUGAGGAAGUCACCAACAGAUACAAACCAGCCCUGCAGUCUCUAGUCUCCCACAUUCUACAAAAGCUACAGUUCCGGUACAACCAGUCCCAGCUGGAGGAGUUAGAUGACGAGUCUCUUGACGAUGACUCAGAGACGGAAUGGCAACAUUACCUAAGACAGUGCCUUGAAGUGAUUGCCAAAGUUGGAGAGAUUUUAAGCCAAGAGACCUUUCAGCUUUUGAAUGACCUCUUCCAAGAAUAUACAGAGGUGUAUUUGGGGCUGGAGCAGUAUGUUGUGCCGAAUGGGGCCCACGGCCGCAAGCUGACCAUCACAGCAGAGAACGAGUGCCGAAGACUGCACUGUAUCCUACGAGAUUUGUCUUCCCUGGAGCAGGCUUUAGGGAGGAUGGCCGAACAUUUCAUCGGGGAUAGAUUUAUUAAGAAUUUCACUGACGCUGACAAUUUGGUACAACGCUCUCUCUUUCACUGUACUUUCUCUGUUUCUCCGUAUUGCAGACAUGCGCAGGCGCUGGCCACUCUGAAGGCGUUUGCCCACUGGCUCUCACAGUACCACUCUGAGUCCCAAAAGAUCAGCCAGCCCCUAAAGUUCACCAUCCUUUUCUCUACGCUGGUCGAGGCUACCCUGCCUUUAUUCCGGAAACAGAUACCCGAGAAGAUUGUCCAGUCAGCUGCUCAUUUACUGCUCUCUCUGAUGGUCACAGUACGGCCGUCCUAUCUACUACAGAUGACCGCUGUCCACAACCUCUACUCACAGAUUGGCCACGGACACUGUAAGGACAUGCCACAAGAGGUGCAGUUGUUGUUGUACAGAGCGUUGUCACAUUAUCUACUAUUGCCGUGGCCACACCUCUCCGAUGCUGACCAGGACUGGGAGAAGCGAGCAGCCUACCAUCAUGAUUUUACGCGGCAACUUACUUUGGAGUUCUGCCAGCUGAGGGAUACGCAGGCGCUUGUGGAGAACAAGGCCUUACAGGAGAGUGCAAAGUGCCUGAUUGAAAACACGUUAAAGAUGUGCCAGGAUUGGAUCGAGAACAUUGCUUCGGAGUCAAACAAAAGCAAACAGAUAUGUUACCAAUCCCUACACGAAAUUGUCCAGGUGACACUGGCCAUUUUUCCAGUCUACAUACACCAACCAGGUAUCACCCCAUUCACUUUGGAUUUCCGGAAAACCAUUUCAUUUCUAGAAACUAUUCCAUCUUUUCCCUACCUUGUCCUGUCUACAUUAAAAAAAAGAAAAAGACGAAAAAGGGAGAUUUGGCUGUUGUUUCUAGCAUAUCCACUGACCACCUUUCCUCAUUUAAAUUUUGUGAAUUUCUGCAAUAUUUCCAGGGAGCAGUUGACGGAGAAUAUUCUACAUGAAAACUCUGCAGGAUGCCGAGUUGUGGAAAAAUUUCUUCGCAUUCUGGAGUUGAUCGUACAAGAACCUGGAUCUGCCUUCAAAGCUUUCCUACCCAGCAUCAUAUCAGUGUGCAUGGAUCAGAUCUACCCGGUGGUGGCUCAGGUAAGAAAGAGUAUACCACCCAUCAUUAUCCCUGGGCUUGUAUGUGUUAGCGAGUUAGGGGUUGAGGUGGUUCUAAGGGUUGCCACCACCACCUUCACCAUUUUACCAUUCUUUGUAACUAAUGUUGUUCCUCUUGUAUCCUGUUGCUGUUAUCAUUGCCAGGCGUUUGGUCAAUCAUUCCUCCAGCCAGAUAUUGCUCUGUUCCGACAGAACCUCGAAUCUUUGGAAACGCUCAAUACCAAAUGGAAACUCUACCACAAGAAGGUGUUCCGGGAAGCUUUGCUUUACCAAUUCCUCAACGUGUUUAUCCAGGUCCUGCUACAGAAGUCCCAUGACCUCCUGCAGGAAGAGAUAGCCAUUAGUGUGUACAAUAUGGCCUCUGUAGACUUUGAUAACUUCUACACCCAGUUCUUGCCAAACUUCCUCAAUAGCUGCGAUGGGCUUGCGGCCGACCAGAGGACCGUGCUAGGACAGAAUUUCAAAAUGGACAAAGACAUGCCCUCUUUCACCCAGAGUGUUAACCGAUUUGUCAACGACCUCCGCUACUAUCGUCUCAUCAACAGCAGUUUACCAGCAGGCUCCUUCAAGUUUUGAACCCACGACCAAGCUGACUGUCACUGGACUGUUUAAUGAAUUAAUUAACUAAACUAAAAUGACCACCUCCUCUCAUUCACAUACAAAUCUACUCCACUGGAAUGGACAUGCCUGCUGCCAAAAACCCACACGGAUUCGUCAGAAGCACUAAAGCUUAUUGGUCCCAACCUGCCUGAUCUUGGUGUAUGUGGGUCGAAGGAGAGGGAGGAAGAGAGCGUGGUCGACCUCUUUGUGACCUUUACAUUCGGUGACCUUUCCCCUUUGUCUGCCUCGUUUUGGGUCGACCUCAGAAGGGUCACCUCCGCCAUGACCUUUUGCUAUAAUUACUGCCGACUUCUUGUAUUGACUCCAAAUCUAUGCUGUCUGCUCCCCAUACUCCCAACACCCCGUUUGUCCGCUCCCCCUCCUUCUGGUCCCUCUCCACCCCCCAAUCCCAGUGGUGUUCUGGCGUCUGCCCGACUUACCUCUUAUGUACUAUUCAGAUAAUCUAUAUUAUUUCCAUUUGAUUGUGCAUGUGUGCAUGUAUAAAUAUAUAUAUUGUAUAUGUGUACACACACAUAUAUAGGCAUAUGCACAUGCAUACAUACACAC